UUCUCCCGCUCUGCACUCGCUGAUCCAAAACCCCGAGCUUUCGACUCUUCUCGUCGCGCGUGCAUCUGCCGGCACGUCGAGGCCGAGUUUCGUCAGCUCAUGCGCAUCCCUGAAAUUGUGGCUGGCAGUCUUUGAUCGUCUGGACGGUCCUUCUCUUCGUGUGAAUCUAAGCUGGAUGGUAGCAAAGUCCUCUUUCCUGGACAUUUUUGUUCGCUCUCUUGCUGUUUCCAGUCUUGACUAAAGCCCACACGGUGCUGCGACUAUUUACAUUCAGUUUUCACCCCCAUUCCGGUUGCUAGAUCCUUUUCUCCCCGUAAACCGUACGGUGGGAAUGUGUCGACAUUGAUAAAGUUGACAGCGUGAUGGCGGUCGACUCGGACAUGCGGAGUUGGGCCGACCUCUUGCACAAUUCGUCCCAGCUUCUGCAUUCUUCCACACCUUCUGCCCAGUUUCCUCCUAUACAGAGAAGCCUUGAUCAGCUAGAGACCCUCUCUCGACAGUUGAAAGCGCGAACAUCUCGGUUCGAGGCUCCGAAUGAAACCAUUGCUGCAACUCGGUUGCUGGCAAGAGAAGGCAUCAAUGCUGACCAGCUCACAAGAGACUUGAAGUCCUUUGAACUCAAGACAACAUUCGAGGAUGUUUUCCCGGUCGAGGCCACAAGCGUGGAGGAGUACUUGCAACAGGUGCACGAGAUGUCAAUGAUUUCUGCUAUACAAGAAGCUCAUAAAGACAAUGUGCGCAAUUUUGACGACUACAUGUUGAAGAUCAUGGAGGACGACUGGCAGAAAGAAAAGCGUGAUUUUUUAAGUAAUCUGAGUCGCCUUCCUUUCUCAACGUCAGGAAGUGUUGAGGCAGUGUCUUCUUCUUCUAUCCAAGGAGUGCGAGGUACACCUGGUGGAGUUCGAGCUACGCCCGAAACCCGAGUACUUGAGUAUUCUUCAUCUAGCCACAGGUCGAUACUGGACAGGAAGGCUGCUGCGUACGCAGACGUUGUUGUCCAGCUGAACGCCGCGAGGGAAAGAAGUGUGCCUUUCAAGAUUGCUACAUCUUUGAGAGACGCUUAUGGUCGGGUUGCCGGGGAGAAUUCCAGUCCACGAUCUGUCAACAUGGCCAAGAUCUGGCACCUACUGCAGUCUCUUUUAGGAGAAGACGUGGACCGUAACGCCAGUGCCUCCAGGAAGAUGAUUAUGAUUGCUGGAGCCAGGCGACACUUGGAGGUCGGCCACGAGAAGUACAUCCUUGACACCAUUCACAGCCAUGCAGCGCAGGCAGCGUUGGGCGGUUCAACAGGCAACAUACAACGCAUUCGAGCGUUUCUCAGAGUCCGACUUAGAGAUCACGGUCCGCUAGACUUCGACACCGCGGAUGUACGGAGGCAACCACCAAUGGAUACUACCUGGCAUCAGGUGUAUUUCUGCCUAAGAUCAGGAUACUACGAAGAAGCUCAACAUGUCGCCUUCUCGUCAAGAGUCAGUCGAACUUUCGCCCCUCAGUUGGCUGAGUGGAUCGCGACAGGAGGAUGUGUGUCACCUGGGACUGCCGCAGCCGUCGCUGAAGAAUGUGAACGAAUGGCCAGAACUGGAGACAGGCCCGGACGACCCGGUUAUGAUAAGAAGAAAAUGCUUCUGCAUGCUAUAGUCUCUGGCAGCAGACAGCAAGGCGACCGUUUGUUACGAGACAUACCGGUCCUAUUUAGUACCAUUGAGGACUUCUUGUGGUUCAAACUCGCGAUGGUUCGUGACACAGCAAGCGAUGCUUCAAUUGCCGGUGUUGUGCAACAAGGUCUCACCCCUUAUACUCUCGAGGAUCUCCAAAGGUAUCUAAUUAAAUUUGAGCCGUCAUAUUAUACCAAGAAUGGUAAGGAUCCACUGGUGUACCCUUAUAUACUCCUCCUGAGCUUGCAGUUUCACACUGCGAUAGCCUACAUAAUGAAGGAGGGAAACACCGAAGGGUACCCUAUCGACGCAGUUCACAUGGCCAUUGCCUUGGCCGAUUUUGGUUUCUGGGCCGAUGGAAGCGGAGAUGCUCAAAAGCUGGGAUCGAUGGACUCAGUCUCCGAGAUUGCUAGCAUUAUUAGGCAGUACGGCCUUACUUAUGUUCGGCAAGGUAGCUUGGAUCUUGCACUGGAGUACUACGUACAGGCAGCGGCCGCCAUUGGUGGUGGUGCAAUCUCCUGGAGUCUGCUAAACAGUAGUGGUCAGCAACGGCAGAGGCAACUUAUGAUGAAGCAACUACUGACGGAGCUACUCCUCCGAGAUGGAGGAGUAGCGCUUUUGCUCGGGCCUACCGGAGUUAUCGGAGAUGGCAUGUUGAAGAGGUUCAUGCCAGAUUCACAAGCACAGCAACAUCUUCUCUUUGAUGCUGCCCGUCAGUGCCAAGAAUCAGGUCUUUACGAUAAGGCUGUGGAGCUGCUAAGAUAUGUCGGGGCUUAUGCGAUGGCCCUAGAGAUUCUUAAUCAACGUCUUUCGGAUGCCAUAUCAGCUAUGGUUAGUGGACGGUCUGACGGCGACACGAAAAUUGCUGGUCUUGUUCUGAAUGGGAACGAACUACUUGAUGCUCAAAAGGCAGGAGGACCAAGCUCACAAGAUGUGGAACAAAUACUCGAGCAGCAAGCAUCGUUCAGACAGCUUGAAUCAGUUCUCGCUUUUCACAAGUACGCACGGAGUUCUCGCUACGGCGAUGCUUUGAGAGAACUUUCGAAGUUGUCUUUUCUUCCGCUCGACACGCGGACCCCAGAAAGAAGUGUCGAGGCGCUCCGAACUACUUCUCCCUCAGUACAAGCUUGUAUACCGGACCUGUUGAAGGUCGCCAUUACUUGUUUGGACAAUGUGACGGACACUGAUGGAACAGUACGUCUGCUGAAGACGAAGAUCGCCAACUUCGUUGCGAACUCAUUACCUAGGAAUUUACCUCAGGAUUUGUACGAAAGAGUAGCUCGAAUGCUGUAAUUAAUACUAGCGGGGUUUAUUUUGUAACAUAUGAGAAGGUAGUAAAUUAGAUGUGAUUCUAGAACACAUACACUCUUCACUUGUCUAUACUUCAUACCUCCAAGAAGGAGGCUUAUUGUACCUGAAUCAUUAUACGUCAUUCUUUUCCUUUGAAAUGUGACGUUAACCCAUUUUUGAGAAACAAUCAGUUGUGGAC